CAUUUCGAUGCGAUCUUCUAACAUUUCCUCUCUUUCACAAACAUAUGCGCGUGCUAUUUGUCUUAACGAUACUGUUCUGGAAAUGAAGGGUUCUCUUUCGCUGUGCGCAUAGUACCUUGCAGAAGAUAUCAUAAGAUGAUCACUGUUGCACCAAUGGCUUUCUUCAGUAAAGUUGGGAACAUACUUAGGCAGACUGCGAGCAAGAAAAUCACUUCGGAAUUUUCUGGGUCCAACCCAUCUAUUUUCCAAGCCAUAAGAUGCAUGUCAUCUUCGAAACUGUUUGUCGGAGGCCUGUCAUAUGGUACAGAUGACAUGAGCUUGAGAGAAGCUUUCGGUAAAUAUGGGGAGGUUAUUGAGGCGAGGGUCAUCGUGGAUCGAGAGACUGGGAGAUCCAGAGGAUUUGGAUUUGUUACUUUCACUUCAACUGACGAGGCUUCCAGUGCCAUUCAGGCAGUGGAUGGACAGGAUCUUCAUGGUCGUAGAGUAAGGGUAAAUUAUGCAAUGGAUAGGGCACGUGGUGGUGGGUUUGGAGGUGGUGGCUAUGGUGGCGGCGGUGGCGGCUAUGGUGGUGACGGUGGUGGUUAUGGCAGCGGUGGCGGUUAUGGUGGUGGUGGUGGUGGUUAUGGUGGUGCUGGUGGUUAUGGUGGCGGUUAUAACAGUGGGAAUUAUGGGGGUGGUGGUGGUGGACAAUUUGGAGGUGGAGGCGGUGAUGGAAACUUCAGUGUUGCUGGUGGUGGUGGUGGCAAUGAUGCAUAUGCGGGUGGUGUUGGUGCUAAUGAUGCAUACACCGGUGGUGUUGGUGCUAAUGAUGCAUAUGCUGGUGGUGCUGGGGAUGGCAGCAGCAGCAGCUUUGGUAGCGGAGGAUACAAUAUGGGAUCAGGUUAUAGUAGUGCUGAACAAUUUGGUAACGGUGAAGGUGGCGAUAGCACAUCUGGUGAUUUUGGAGGUGCUGGCCAAGAAGAACCGUCGGAUGGGAAUUUAAGGGAUGAUGAUGAACCUGAUGACUACGCCAACAGAAGGGCCUAAUGAAGCAGUAAACACAGUUUAGCUUUCUCAACUAUUUUUGUUGGCUUCUCAUCUUUCCUCCCCUUGCUUUGCGUGGACAAUUUAUUUUUCCAAUGUUGGUUUUGACUUUGUAACCGUUAAUGCACUUCCAGUUUAUUUUUAUUAUUUGGUGAAUGACAAGAUUCAGAGGUGCCGGGAAAUAAUGGCAGUUGGGCUGCAUACGACUGCGUGAAGGAAGAAUGUGUCUUCCCCAGCUUAUCCCCCACCCCCUUCAUUGGAAAACAGCCUUGUUUAUCUUUGAGAUUAGUUUUUAUCUUUUAAUUUUCCAAAAUAUACUUCGAUUUUAUAA